UUCUUGGACGAGUUGGCAACACUGCAGCACACUGCUAUUUAGUUUAUCGGGAUUUUUUAUUAAAGAACCAGCACUUUAAUCAAUUGGGCGUGUGUAGUGUGUGAAAAGUAAAAGUCUUUAGUGUACAAAGUUAUAAAAUUUCAAACUAAAUUAAACAAAAGACAAAAGUGUAAAAAAUCCUAAACAAAAUGGGUCUUAAAGGUUGUGAAGUACAAUUGGAUAAUCCCUGGAAUACAUAUUAUGCUGGUCAAACUAUAAAUGGACAAGUCAAAUUAACAUUUGACUCGGCAAAAAAAGUCAGAGGUAUAAUCAUACGUUUUUUGGGCGAAGCCAAUACCGAAUGGUCGGAAACACGUAAGGUAACGAGUAGUGAAGGACGUGAAGAAGACGAGACCACUACGUUUAAGGGUCAUGAGGAAUACUUUCAAAUACAAUAUUAUUUGUUGGGUGGAAAAAAUAGUGCUGAAAUUGAGUUACCCGCCGGUACUCAUACUUAUCCAUUUACUUGUGCUUUGCCUCCCACUUUGCCCUCCUCUUUUGAGGGUGAGUUUGGCCAUGUGCGUUAUACCAUUAAGGUGACCCUCGAUAGACCCUGGAAGUUUGAUCAAGACAUGAAAAUGGCCUUUACGGUUAUUUCCCCUGUUGAUUUGAAUCUCAAUCCUCGUGUUAAGGAACCUUUCAAAUUGGAUUUAGAGAAAUCAUUCUGUUGUUUCUGCUGCAAAUCGGGUCCUUUAUCGGUUAUAACCACCAUACCCGUUACCGGCUAUGUAUCUGGACAAAUAAUACCCAUAACCUGUGAAUGUGAUAAUGCCAGUAAUGUGGGCAUCAAUGCCGUUAAAUUUGUUUUACGCAAACGUGUAACCUUCACCACCACUCAACCGAGGGCCGAGAGAAAGGAAACAAAAAUCACCAUAGCUGAGCUAAGUAUUGGCCCAGUGGCAGGUGGUGAAUCUAGAACAUUUACGCAACAAUUGGAAAUACCAGCACUGCCACCUACAAAUCUGGUAAAUUGUGGCGUUAUUGCUUUGGAUUAUGAUUUGCAUAUUGAGUGUGAUGUUAGUGGACCACAUCGUAAUCUAACGGGUAAUAUACCCAUUACUUUGGGCACUAUACCGUUGGCUUCGUUUAAACCACCAGCACCAUAUACGGAUGUACCAGCUCAAGUUGUACCACAACAGCCUACAGAUGAUCCUUCAAUGGCUCCCACUCAACCGGUUAGUCCCGCUAGUCCACCAGAGGGUCAAGGUGGUGCCAUGGGUUGGAAUGUAGCCGAUAGUGCUGGUGGUCAAUUGUAUCCUAAUAUACCUCCUCCACAAUUUGUUGAGACUCAAUUUAAGGCUCCUACAAUAACUGGUCGUGAUGAUUCUGAACACACACAAGUGAUAGGUGAUGCUAAUUUUGCUCCUCGUUAUCCCACAUUUCAAUUUAAUCCCUCCGCUCCUCAAAUAUAAUUAAUUUGAAAUUGUUUUUUCUUUUGUGGGACAACAUUUUUCCCAAAACUUUUAAUUUCUUUUAAUUCCUUAAUUUUUCCUCCUAUAACUUUAUAUAGAAUUUAAUGUUGUAUUGUUUAACUAAAUAUUUAAACAAAAGCUUAAAAUGGAAAUUUGUUUAAAAAGUAAACGCACAAUUAUAAAGGACUUUGUUGAAAAAAAAACCUAUAACUAAAAAAAAACUAAACUAUAUAGAGAUAUUUUUCUAAAUGAUAUUAAAAAAAAACAAAAUUUUAAACAGAAAAUCUCAAAAAAAAAUUGAUAUUUUUUAUUACAUUUAUAAUAAAUUAUGGAAUUUCCUUAAGUUUCUCUUAGAAGAACAUAUUUAUUAUCAAUAUUUCUUUACAAAUUUAAAUAUUUUUUUCAAAAUUUCUCAUUUUUAAAUAUGCAUUUAACACCGUCCUUUAAAUAUUUUUUUAUUUAAUUGUUUCGAUUUUAUUUUUAUUAUUAUAUUUUAUUUAUUUUUGUUUUGGUAAGUUUUCCUUAAAUAUUUUGUUUUAUUUUUUUAUAUGAAUUUGUUUAAUUUUUUUAUGUCUAACAUUUAUAAAAUGAGAGUGCCUAAGAAAAGCUUAAAAAGUUUUUAAAGUUUUAAUUUAUAUUCAUUAUUUUAUUAUUAAAAUUAUAUAUAAAUAAUAUUUUAUGUAAAAAAAAUAUUUCAACUGCUUCCAAUUAGUAAGAAAAUAAAACUGAAACUUAACUAAAUAAAACAUUCAAAUAAAUAUUAAAAACUAUUUUAUUAUUAAUUUUUCUUUACUUUUUUUUUAAAUUGUAUUUUUGUGUUAUUUUUCUUUUAAAUAUUAUAUUCUAUAUAAAAAAAUAUUCUAAAUAAAUAGAAACUAUAAUUUUUG